GGAGUGGCCAUACUGUCUAAUGCCGUGACGUAUCGGGAGGCAUGACGUCGUUCGCCAACAUGACGCAGGCGCUGAGCGCGAGCCUGCCCGCCGCAGCGGGCGCCGCCGACGCCGCGCACGCCGAGCCCGAGGACCCGAUCGCAAUGACGCACAUCAUCUGCAACCUGCUCGAGAACAUGAACAAGCCGCACCCCGCCACCUCCGCCUCCUCCAUGCCCUACGACAUCUGGGCGCUGCCCUCCUGCAGCAGCACGCUGCAGAACCCGAUCGGCCAGAGCCGUGAGUACAACUCCACCUCCAACAAUAACAACCAACAUCACUCCAAGGAGGACAACUCGAGCGGCUCGCCCGGCACCUCCUCGAGCGUGUCAAUCACCUGCUUCCGCUGCGAGGAGCGGACGCCGACCACGCGCUGCCUCGAGUGCAACGAUCUAUUCUGUCACAAGUGCUGCCACAGCGUCACCUCCGACUGCCAGCUCAGGGAGCACACUCUGCUCCCUAUCCACCAGAUCUCGCCCAUCGGCGUCAGACCCAACUCUGUCAACAACGAGAAGGAGGUGUAUUGCGAGCUGCACGGCGACCCCGUCAGAUUCUACUGCGAGGCUUGCGUCGUCUUCAUCUGCCAGGAGUGCACGCUGUGGGUGCACAAGGACCACUGCUAUACGCCCGUCAAAGGGGCUCUCGACAUGUGUCGGGUCGGUGUUUUAAGAGCUAUAGAAGAUACCAAAACGGGUACUAAAGCCAUUAAGACUGCGAUAGAUCGUGCGGUAGCCAUGUCGAAGGCGUACGAGAAGGAAACAGCUGAGGCUAAUAUGAAAAUAAGAAAAGCGAUGCGUUGCUACGCCCAAGCUAUCGAGGAUCGCGAGAAGUACUUGCUGGAUAAAGUGGAAAAGCUGCGCCAGGCAAAAAUGAACGAACUGACUGACCACAUGAACACUCUGAGAGGUAUUUUAGCAGGCCUCGCGCAUACAAAUGAGACUUUAGUGCGUAGCAUGGACUGAGGCCUCGACUUAUUCAUGGCCAAAGAAAAAGGCAGAGCUCAAGUAGACUACUUCUCAUGUAUGUUUAAAAACAUGUAUAUGACAGAGGAACGUAUUAUGUUUGUACCUCCCAACUAUGAUUUAGUAGAUCAGCUGAAGAGACAGUGCGACGUGCAGUCCGCCCCGGCCAGCGCCAUGCACACCCUCAGCUCCGUCCCUGCUCUGCAGUCUCGUCAGUCACUGUUGUCUCUACAGUCAAUUCAGUCUGCUCAGACUUUUUCACCUCUAACACCAUACAACAUGUCGUCGACUAAUAGCCUGAGAUCGCUGCCCGACUACACAAGAUCUACUAAUUAUUACGAUCAUAGCAUUUCGUCCAGUAUGGCAUUGGAUUCCAACUUGCCCCGCGGCAUCGGGCAAGCUAUUCCGGGCUACUGGAUGUCAGUGUCAGUCAGACCUACAAGAAGUCCAGUUCCCGGGGUUCCUAUGUUUUCAUUUGGCAGAGAAGGGCAGGACGAGGGACAGGUAUCCCGACCUUGGGGUUUGUGUGUUGACAGAGAGGGCAACAUCAUUGUCGCAGACCGAAGAAAUAACCGCAUUCAGAUCUUUAACAGCCGCGGAGAAUUCAGAACAAUGUUUGGUUCCAAAGGAACCGGCCCGGGAGAGUUCGACCUGCCAGCAGGCAUCACCACCGACACAUACGGGCGUAUUAUCGUAAUCGACAAAGACAAUCACCGGGUUCAAAUAUUCACUUCCUCGGGAAAUUUCAUCCUCAAGUUCGGUUCCUUCGGCAAGGAAUGUGGCCAGUUCCAAUAUCCCUGGGACGUAGCCGUUAAUACACUGGGAAAUAUCGUCGUGACCGACACUCGCAACCACCGCAUCCAACUAUUCACCAGUGACGGGACUUAUAUCACAAAGUUUGUGUUCGAGGGGGCAAACCCCGCCAAGAUGUUGAAGGGGCCCACGACUCCUAGAGGCGUGUGCUUCACGACAUCGGGCAACAUAAUCGUGUCCGACUUCGAGAACCACCGGCUGCUGAUGGUGGACCCGACGCUCUCCAAGGUCCUGCACUGCGUGGGGCGCGAGGGAUCGGGCAUCGGCGAACUGAACCGGCCGUCGGGCAUCGUGACGGACGACGACGGGCGCAUCAUCGUGGCGGACUCGAAGAACCACCGCGUGCUGGUGUUCACGGCGGAGCUGCGCAUCCAGUGGGCCGUGGACCUGAAGAGCCCGGGGCUGGACGACAAGGACCGGCCCAGCGACGUGGCGCUCACGCCCGACGGCUACCUCGUCGUGCUCUUCGAGACGCUGCCCGACACCGCCCGAGAUAUCUCCUCGCACGGCAAGCAAUACAUCAAGGUAUAUUAAUACUAACUAUAUAUACAUAGCUAUUAUGUUUACACUAGCUGUGACCUAAGGUCGAUCAUAUUCUAUUUUGUUUUGUUUAAGUUGUGAUUUCUUUGAUAACGUGCCAAUUUUAUUAUCCAUUGAAAAGGUCCGAUUCGAGCAUAGCUUGUCCGGAAACUUAGCAUUUGCUCAUGAGAAGUAAUUGCAAUCAAAUUCUCCUUAAAAUAUUUUGUUAGAUGUUUGGUUACCAUAAUAGUCAUUUGUUUUUUGAUAUCAGCAUUAGACUAGUCUUUAAGGACCAAACGUACACGAUGUAGUAGCAACUUAUUAUCGGUAGCCGUCAGUAUCCAUAGUCUACUCUAACCUAGAUGUACACCAAAUCCAUAGUCGGAGCACUUGCAUUAUGUCGAUUACGCUCUGUCCGAUUAGUCUUACGAUUUAUAAUAUUAAUAAGGAAAAACCUAUAAAUCGUAAGGGAUGUAAAAUCACAAUGUGAUGUAAAAGAUGUUUUUAUGUGAGAUAUUUUAGAAACUUAAAAAGUAUUUUUCCAAAAUGUUAGGUUUGCGUUUUUAAAUUGGUUAAACUACUAAAUACCGACGUUAGUGUUUCCUUACGCUAAGUUAUUCGCAUUUUAGUUCGGUAGGUAUAUAUCAAUAUAUAUUUUUAUUGAUCGCUGUUAUUAGAGCGCUGAGAGCUGUACUAAUUGGCGUGAAAGCUGCUUAUUUCUCAACUACUUCUAAAUUAUAAUUUAGACGAUUUGGAACGCAGGGAAGCGUAGUAUUAUUGUGCGAGAAAAUCAAUGCAAUAAACUCUAAGACUGACUUUAGAAGACUGUCUUAAAGAGUCGGGGCCCCGGCGGAGCCCCGAGGCGCCCGCGGGCGCGGACUACCGCGGCGCUACAGUCGCAUCCGACGCGCGUAUUAUUAAUUUGAAUAAGUAUCGUGAUAUUUUUAUUUCAUGUUUAAAAUGAGCAAAUUUUUCGUUUAAAACUUAAUGUAGUAAAAUUUGAGACUGCGGCUAAAUUUUUUGUAAAUCUUUAGAACGCGUACGAUGAACUGAACUCUGAACUGAAUUACCGUAGCGUUCGACUCAUAUUGCGAGUCCGUCAGCUGUUACGACGUAACACUUUGUUAAUUUAUUUCGUUUGUUAUUUUAGUUCGUGGAGGGUGUUGGAUUGGUCUGCUAGUUUCUAUACAAACAUAAACGUAUAUAAACAGUGCGGUAGGGGGUAUGAGUCCCUAAAUAAAAGUAUCAAGACAUGCUGACUCAAAAUUGACCGCCUUAGCUUCACUUUGCAAUACUAGUCAAAUAUUAUCUAGUAAAAAAUAAAUAAAGGCUGUCAAAGUUUUAUGUGAGCAGCAAUUGUCUAGGCUUCAAUUGAUGUCGUAAAUAUUUUAUGACACUGAGAAAUGAUAGUAAAAUCAGUCAGCGGUAUUUAUUAUACCAGUAUUACCAGUGUUUGUUUGUGAUUAUGACUAAUAAUUUUGAUUACAGUGGCCAUAUGCUUUAACAGAAACAAGAUUACAUAAGUACCUAUGGUUACAUUAGUUACCCAGACAUUACUCCCGUUCUGGUGGGAAAGGCACUUUUUACAGCCAAGAGCGUGUAUUUUUUAUUUUUUUUAAAGGGAUACAUAUUAUUACAUAUAUGCUACUCGAGACACCUUACGCACUGACGCAAUAAAAUAUUCAUCAAAACAGCUUUAUUGACAUCCGGAGCGACAUGUUACUCUCGCCUAAAAGCGUAACUUGUCUCCAUUCAGUUUGUAUAGAAGCUAGCGACCACAGAGCGACUGCAUUCUUCGAAUAAAAUGGUUAAAGGCACUUGAAUUUAUUAUAGGUAAUUUAUAGAUAUUCUUCUACAAAUUAAUUAUUUUUUAAUUAGUUAAUUGGGUGGUCUUAUACAAUCAAAAUUGUUGUAUUAGGUUAAAUAUUGUAGCUAAAUUUUGCCCUAAAGUUCUAUGAAUUGAUGCAUAAUAAAUUAAUUAUUAGAGAUACCCACUUUGAUAUUCAAUUUUAACGCUGUGUUCAUUCGAUAAUUAUGUGUUCACGUAAUCUAAUAUAAGUUUACGUAUGUAGUGGUGUCUGUGGAGGCACGCCUGUCGAGGGUUGGAGGGGAUGUAGUUAAAUCCAAAUAUACCUACUAUACUAGGAGCGCCUCCGCGCGCGUAGCUUGUAAGUAGAGCGUAGACUUCGCUUCGCCGUCGUGGAAAUACUUUACUAUUAAUCGCAUAUUAUAAAGGUUUCUAGUAUCAGUCUAAUUGUCAAGUAGGGUGCCAUAUCGCGGCAGAUGACACGUUACCUUAUAUAUUAUAUCAUAAUAAUGCUUAAUAGGCAAACUAGUUAUGUACUGUCCACGAAUCCCCAAAUACGAAUUGGUUGUAUUAAGACCUUUCUAGCUAGAAGAUAUAUUUUAGAUCUACUUACCUACUCAUUAGAACAAUGCCUGAAUAAUCGUAAUUGACGUUCGCUUGAGCGAACUUUUCAAACAUAGAUGUAGAAUUGCGCUAAAACUUUUAGGUAAAACUAGGUUGUAAAAGUUGAACUAACUCUAUCCCUUUGUACUUAGGGUUAAAUUAGUAUAAUUAAUAUUGAGACGUUUGUUGACUAACCCGGUGUACCGGCCGGUGAUAGCCAAUGUUAUUGUAGCGCUAAUUCAAGCAACAAUUUUCUUGUGAUGCGACAUUUAGAUUUUAAUUAUGGAACUGAUUAUAAUAAGAUGGCGACUAAAAGAGAGUCUGAAACUUAAAUAAUUGCUUAAGGGUCGAAAAUUGUUGUUUGAAGAGAAGAUUGCGGGAGCGGCCGCGUUGGGGCACUACCACCAAGUUGGAAUUUAGAAAUUCCUUUGUAUACAUCUCUAUUGCUUUUGCUGUAUUAAAAUGACUGAGAAUUAAUAUAAUGGAAUUCCUAAAUUGUAAUUACUAAUUAGUGGGUGUCGCCGGUGUCUGUCUGUAGUGUAGUAGUGUGCGUGCAGUGUUUGCGUCUUGACGAAUUGACAAAUUCCGCUAAUGAUAUAAUUAUUAAUAUUUUGUUUUCAUAUCAGUGAUAGGUAUUUUUUUUUGUUCAGUGCCAUUAUUAAAGUAUUACGUUAUUUUAAAAAUAAUGUGUGGCAUGAAAUGCAUUUUUUAAUUAAUGUAUUUUCGGAGAGUAAUUCCUUUGUAGAAUUCAAAAUGAUUUCGUAACCUAAUAUUUAACAACGAAUCUCAUAUUUUCAUGAAAUCACAGUUGUUUGUAACGAUCGAUUGGAUUUGCAAAGCAAACGCCGACAGCCAUAAUGGUGAUGUACUGAUUACGCGAGCAUUCUAAGAAUGAGCCGGUCUGUCAUAAUGACAAAACGUAAUUUAUAGUAGUCGGCCGGUCGGCAGCCUUCCUUGCCAUCUUGUCCAUGCCCGCUCGUGAAGCACUCGCAUCAAACGUUUGUGUCACUAUCGAUUCACUGUUGCGCUAAUCUAAAAAUAGACUAAGAUUAGAAACUAGUCACAAACAAUGACAAAUUGCUGGGCGCCAGUGAAUCGUAUGUCAGUUUUCAUCUUCAACUGUCUACAAAAAUAUAGCGUUUAUUAAAAUAUAUAAAGAACAACUCCCAACAUAGUAACGUUUAAUUCGAGUGGUUCACGCGUGCGGGCGAGCAGGCGCCGACACCCGAGACUAGCUUAGCUGGGAGCUAACGAGGCAUGACUUCAUUUAAAGCACCUUUUUAUUUGGCUUGGUUAUGUUUUUUAAGAUUUUUUUUGUUACUUUCCUGGGAAAUGCGGUAACAUCGAAUAUACACGUCGCAAUUUGACUACUAUAUGAAUAAAUGAAACGGUUUUGGUUGUGCUUGGAAAUUUCAGCAGAUAACAUUGCAAUUUUCCCAUAAUUUUCGCGCAAAGGGAACCCCUUUAGAAAGGCCGACUCGUGUGGUUGGAUGUUUCCGCAGCCAGGAGAGAUUCUGUCGCGGAAGGCGACGCGUACCUCUUUGUGAGACCUGCUAGCAGCUAGCAGUAAAAUUGUGGUUUUGUGAUAAAUACAAUAAAAUUGACAACUUAAUAAUUAAAUAAUUGAAACGUAAUCAUAAUUUUUGUACAAGUUUUUAAUGUUUAAAAACAACAGCAAUGUAUUCAGUACGUGUGUGACUGCGGGGAGACGCAACUGCAUAUUUGAUACGUUUACGAGAUUUUAGCUAAUUGUAUUAAGCCAUUUUUGUGCUAUUUUUGUAAUGUUAACUAGGCGCUUGUGUUGUGUUAGUCUUAGUAUAAAUUAUAUUCAUUCGUCUCCUGUUUAUGUUUCGUGUGAGUCCUGUAUCGAGGGCGCCUAUCUAUUCCAUCGGGUGGCCGUGUUCCCUUAUUUAAAUAUUGAAACUCAUCGGGAUGUCCAACGUUCUCGUGGAGCGAAUAAAGAUGAUAUUUCACAAGUCACGCGAGCGGGAUUUGAAAACGAUACCGCAGAACAACACCGCAGUGGAGCGCGGUAUGGUUUCCAAGGCUCGGCUUAGCGUUGGCGGUCGCGAGUUCGUCUUUAGUCCAGCUCGCUCGUUACCACCACAAUCACAAAUAGGAGAGGAAUGCAAUGGUCGAUAAUAUCAUGUGUUACUGAGAUAAGUAGUAUUUUUGUACACGGCCGGCGGGGGCGGCGGAGGCCCCCGCGAGGCGCGAGUGUGUUCAAGUUAAUAUUAUAACCGCAUCUACCUCACUCGUAAAGCAUUGAAGACUGAUUGGAAUUAAUGUAACGGUGGUCAGAUCACCGCUUAGAAGUCUGUUGUCUACUGAUACUUUACGCCCAAAAAUUGUACUGUGUGCUUUACAAUUUAAGAUAUCAGUUUCGUUUCUAGGUACAUAGUAUUAUUGUAAUAUUGUGCAACUCGUGCAUGACGUGGUGGACAGCAGCCUUUUCUUUUUUUAUAUCUAUAUCUUACGUUAACUUCGGUAAUACUGUUGAAAGAAGACUGAAAUUUUAUAAAUGUUCCUAUAUUUUAAUUUAGUGCUACCAUAUUUCGUUUACAUUAUUUUACCCUUUCGGUAAUUAUCAUUACAUUCUUAUCUUAUCAAUUGUAUGUGACGCUAUAUAAUGUCAUGAAAUUUUUGAAAAUUUUAAUGGAAUUUUGUAUGGAAAUUUAAUAAAGUGAUUGAUA